GCGGCGGGCGGGCUGGGCUGUGGUGCGGGCAGGGCGAUGCGGGCGGCGGGGCAGUAGCUGCCCGCGUUUCCCCGCGGGGCAGCGGCCGCCCGUCACCACCAGCAGCAGGAGCAGCAGCGCCACAGGGCAGAGUCCCACGGGGCGGCCGGUGUGUGCGUGGAGCCGGCGCCGCGUUCGCGCGUGGUGAUCGGCAACGCUUACCACCCCCCACCCCCCUCCCGCCCCGGCGCGGCGGCGGGACGGGGUGCGGGAUGCGCUCCGCCUGCCUCCCGGGGCGGUGAAGCUGCCGCCGGAGGGAGGAGAGCCGAGCCUCAUCUGACGAGACGCUCCGCCGCCGCUCCGGGCUGAGGACGGGGGGAAGCGGCCGCCGCGGGGGGCUGCGGAGCCUUCCUCCCCCCGCCCCUUCCCCGCCUGCUCCUGGCUGUCCUCGGCGGCUCCUCUGGCUCCUGGCACGACGCCGUGCGGUGCCGAUCCCUUGGCUCCCAGAUGGCCAAUUCCCUCAACGGCCGGAACCCGCGCAAGGGACGGAUCCUGGGCUUCAUCGAUGCCAUUCAGGAUGCGGUGGGGCCCCCCAAGCAGGCAGCUGCCGACCGGAGGACUGUGGAGAAGACCUGGAAGCUUAUGGACAAAGUGGUAAGAUUGUGCCAAAACCCAAAGCUUCAACUCAAAAACAGCCCACCUUACAUACUUGACAUUUUACCUGACACUUACCAACAUUUGCGACUUAUAUUGAGCAAAUAUGAUGACAACCAGAAACUUGCACAACUCAGUGAGAAUGAGUAUUUUAAAAUCUACAUUGACAGUCUCAUGAAAAAAUCGAAACGGGCUAUAAGACUCUUCAAAGAAGGAAAGGAAAGGAUGUAUGAGGAGCAGUCACAGGACAGGAGAAACCUAACAAAGCUGUCCCUCAUCUUCAGCCACAUGCUAGCAGAAAUCAAGGCUAUUUUUCCAAAUGGCCAAUUCCAGGGUGAUAACUUUCGUAUCACCAAAGCUGAUGCUGCAGACUUCUGGAGAAAAUUCUUUGGAGAUAAAACUAUAGUGCCAUGGAAAAUGUUCAGGCAGUGCCUUCAUGAAGUUCAUCAGAUAAGCUCUGGUUUGGAAGCAAUGGCUCUUAAAUCUACUAUUGACUUGACCUGCAAUGACUACAUUUCAAUAUUUGAAUUUGAUAUCUUCACUAGAUUAUUUCAGCCAUGGGGUUCAAUCUUAAGGAAUUGGAACUUCUUAGCUGUGACCCAUCCUGGAUAUAUGGCGUUCCUGACAUACGAUGAAGUGAAAGCAAGAUUGCAAAAAUACAGCACUAAGCCUGGGAGCUACAUUUUCAGACUGAGUUGCACUCGCCUGGGACAGUGGGCCAUUGGAUAUGUGACUGGCGACGGGAACAUAUUACAGACCAUACCUCACAAUAAGCCUCUGUUUCAAGCUUUGAUUGAUGGCAGCCGGGAAGGAUUCUAUCUGUUCCCAGACGGACGAAGUUAUAAUCCUGAUUUGACAGGACUAUGUGAACCCACACCACACGAUCACAUAAAAGUCACACAGGAGCAGUAUGAAUUGUACUGUGAAAUGGGUUCCACUUUUCAGCUGUGUAAAAUCUGUGCAGAGAAUGACAAGGAUGUGAAGAUAGAGCCUUGUGGACACCUUAUGUGCACUUCUUGUCUUACAGCGUGGCAGGAAUCUGAUGGCCAAGGCUGUCCUUUCUGCCGCUGUGAAAUCAAAGGAACUGAACCAAUCAUUGUGGAUCCCUUUGAUCCAAGGGAUGAAAAUUCCAGGUGCUGCAGUAUUAUUGAUAGCUUUAGUAUGCCCAUGUUGGACUUGGAUGAUGAUGACGAUAGGGAAGAGUCUUUAAUGAUGAAUCGUUUGGCUUCAGUCCGAAAGUGCAAUGAGAGGCAGAAUUCACCAGUGACUUCCCCAGGAUCUUCCCCUCUUGCACAAAGAAGAAAACCCCUUCCAGACCCCCUGCAAAUCCCACAUCUUAGUCUUCCACCUGUACCUCCUCGUCUGGAUCUUAUUCAGAAGGGAGUAGCACGGUCGCCAUGUGCCAGCCCAACUGGAUCACCAAAGUCUUCUCCUUGUAUGGUGAGGAAACAAGACAAACCUCUGCCAGCACCACCACCUCCCUUGCGUGAUCCUCCACCUCCUCCACCGGAAAGACCCCCUCCAAUUCCACCAGACAACAGGAUAAGUAGACACCUCCAUCAUCCGGAAAGCGUGCCUUCCAGAGACCAGCCGAUGCCCCUUGAAGGCUGGUGUCCCAGAGACGUGUUUGGGACGAGUCAGUUAGCAGGAUGUCGAAUAGGGAGUGAUGCUUCUCCCAAACCAGGACUGACUGCAGUUUCAAACAUAAAUGGAAGGCACAACCGCAUAAGUUCUGAUCCAGGAUUUAUGAGGAAACAUAGGCGUCACGAGCUGCCUGCAGAAGGUGCCAAGGUCUUUUCAAAUGGUCAUCUGAAAAAUGAAGAAUAUGACGUCCCUCCACGGCUUUCACCCCCUCUUCCAGCUGCCUCCAUCAUCCCUAGUAUAAAGUGCCCUGUUCCUCCAGCAAAUUCUCUGUCUGAUAAAUCAAGGGAUCACACAGAUGAUGAUGAUGAAUACAAAGUUCCUUCUUCACAUCCUGUAAUACUGAGCUCACAACCACCUCACAGUCAUAAUAUAAAAACUCUUGCUCGGGUGUGUGAGAAUGGUCAGUGUGCUGGAGUAACGAAUGGGACACACAGUACUACUUCUGAGAUGAAGAAAUCAAAACAUCCAGAGUUAGGAGAUGUCUAUGAUGCACCUACUGUUCCGGUACCUUUGCCACCUGCACGACCUCCUACAAGAGACAACCCAAAACACAGCUCUUUGCUCAACAGGACACCCUCCGAUUAUGAUCUUCUGGUGCCCCCUUUAGGCGAAGAUGCGUUUGAUAACUCACCCCCUUCACUACCACCACCACCACCACCACCACCACCACCUGCUCGGCACAGCAUGAUUGAGCACACAAAACCUGCUGGCUCAGGAAGCCGACCUCCUUCAGGACAUGAACUAUUCCUUCAUUCUGAUCCCCAUUUUGAUCCGAUAACUGGUCAUGUUCCUUUGCCACCUGCUCGUAGAGUAACUGGAGAAAACGUCAAAACAAAUAGGACAUCUCAAGAUUAUGAUCAACUUCCUCCCUCUUCAGAUAGUUCACAAGCACCAGCCAGGCCCCCUAAACCACUUCCUCGGAGGACUGCACCAGAAAUACACCACAGGAAAGCAUACAGCUCUGACAGUUCCUCGGAAAAUGUGGAUGCGAAAAUUGCAAAACUUAUGGGAGAGGGCUAUUCCUUUGAAGAAGUCAAGAGGGCACUUGAAAUUGCCCAGAAUAAUGUUGACGUGGCCCGUAGUAUUUUAAGAGAGUUUGUCUGUUUUCCUCCACCGGUUUCCCCACGUCUCAAUCUAUAGCAGCGUCAAGAUAUUCUUGGAGCAAGUGAAUUCUGCAUAUACGUGUGUGGACUGGGGAAUGAGAGGAAGAAGAAAGAAUGGAGUAUUUUUCUUUCAUCCUUAGCAGAAGGGUGUGUGUUUCCAGCCGUUUAUCAAAGGCUCAUGGCUGCUCUGAUCAAGACUUAUAAAUAUGCUGAGGCUUAUGUAUUUUUGCUAGCCAUACUUUUUUAAAAUCAGGGUUGAACUGACAAAGUAAUUUAAAGAAGUUUACUUCCCUAGAACUUCUAAUCUGUGAAAUGCUUUUUCUUGUUUACAAGUUGGCAAGUUACGGUUUUCUAGUUGAUGCCUGUACUAUGUUCCUAUUCAUAUUCCCUUGUACUUGUGGUCAGUUCUGCUGUAGCAUUCCCAACAGUUUCCAUGCUGGCCACCCCAUCAACUAAAUCAUCACUUUCCAGAAUUUCUGUGUUCGUUUGGUUUUUUUCUCUUACAAGAUGCUUUAAUUGUUUUUUGCAUUUCAGCUCAUCAAAUGCAAAAAGUAUGUGGCCUUCACUACUGAUUUUUUUUCUUCUGAGAUUCCUUUGCUGUUGAGAGAGGAAGUAUCUGAAUGUAAAAUGCAUUAUUCUGUCUAUGAACUGCCUUUUCAAAGGUAUUUUGACGGUAAUGUUGGGCAGCUUUCUGUUUAAUUCCAUGACCUGUAGUCCUCAAGGUCUUUUAUACAAGGUUUCCACAAAAAAAAAUCCCAACCAACAAAUAAAACACUUCACGCAGCAGCAAUAUUGAGUUCUGACAUGUAAAAGCUCUUUCCAAUUUGAGUAUUUGAUUGCAAAUGUUCAAAAAAGCCAAAUGCACGUGAUAGUACUGUCUUUCAAUUACACACUAACGGCACCAAUUCUCUAUGACCUAUGUAAACUGAAGCGUGCCAGACUAGAAGGAAUCUUUUUGAAUCACUGUAUUCAGGUAAAUUCCAGUUCUAGCUUCUGUAAAGUAGAAUGUGGUUAAUUUUCUGUUUGACUGAUUAUCCUGUGGUUCGUUGUGGCUUGGAUCAGUUUGUAUUAACACGGAAACUUUAAAUCUUUGAUGCACUGUUAAUUCCUAAUGCUACUGUAGCAAUAUUUUUUACAAAGUUCUUUGGUAACCUCCUCCCCUGCACACUUUAUUACUCUCAAGUAUGGUUUUAAUACCCAAAUUCAUUCACUCACUUUCCAGCUGCUUAGUUGGAAAUGCAUUUUUGCUUUACAUGGUUAGUGGUACUCCAGGCUUUGAUGUUUUAUUUUUGAGCCCAAAUUGAUGCAAGCCAAAUCAAAAAUCUUCCCAAUUUUAGGCAAGAGAGAGAAGACAACUCUGUUCUUAGUACACUCAAGAGUCCAAAUAUUUCCAGAAUAAUUCUUAAGAUUGCUGCUUUCUUGGUUUUUUGAAAUCUUCUUUUAUUACUGUUGAAAAGAUUGAAACCAUGUGGUAGUUAGAAUAUUUUUCAUAUUUUGAGAUGUGACCAGUAUAUGAGAAUUCACAGCGUGCUAAGUUGGGUGUGAGAUAUGUAUUUAUUGUUCCCUUUCAGCUGUCGGUGUUCUCCUUCACUCAGCGCAAGUGGUAAAAGUUACAUCACCUACAGGAUCCGAUCUCGGCAGCCAAUGCAUUUGCUUUAAAGACUUUUUAAAGACAGCAAAUGGCUGAAUUGCAGGAUGCAAAAUAACGGGGAACACCCAGUGGAGAUUACUGUGAUAUCUCAAAGUCCAUCAUUUCAUCAAAGAACCUAUUCUUAAAACUAAAUAAAUUAUUUUGUAUCAUCACAAAGCAUACUAUGGGUAUCAUUAAUCUGCUUCAGUGAUAACAGAUGAUCAGGAGAAUUCAGGGUAUAGGGAAAAGCUUCUGUUCCAUUUUGAUUUAAGCAAAUGAUUCUGAGUUUAUGUCCUAGAAAAGGGCAUUUGCAUCUUCCUUUAAAUGUUUAUUCCUUAUGAAUUCCUGUGGAUUCCAUAUUCACAGUUUAUGAAAAAUUUUGGUUGAAAUUAUAUUCUGUGCUUUUAGUUCAAGUAAAUAUCUUUCCUCUGUUUUGGGGGGAAGUUUUGUGUAGCCGUGAACUCUCUUCUUCAUUUGUUUUGUUUACAACAUCGCUCUAGCAUUUUAGCUAACUAUAAAUGCAAAAUGAUUCAUGCUAUUAAAUUAAACACUGGAAUUACUUAAAUGAGGUUCUAGCAGAACUGCCAGUAUAGCAAUGACCCAGUGAAAAAAGAGCGCUUUACAAGGAUAAGCAAACAAUGUGCAGAUUGAGUUUUGAAAUUUUGAGUUGUAAUGAAGAACUCAUUUUCUCAUUUUUAUGCAGCAGUUUAGUCUAAGUGACAGCCUUAUGUUUCAAUUAGAGGCUGGAACUGUUGCCUGAUAGAUAAAGGUUUUUAAAUUUUUCCUCCUUCUUUCUCAUUGUGACCACCAGAGACAGUUUUUUUUUUCUUUUUAGUAUGUGUUAAAAAAAAAACAACCCUUGAUGAGCAAUAUUCUGAGUGGUAACUUGACCGGAGUUCCAUUAAUCUUUAAAUGAGUGUGCUAAUAACACUUCUAAAUAGUGGAACGUGAAGACUAUUUCAAACUUGUUUUGGUUGAUAGUUUUAAAGUCAAACAGAGCGAAAUUGCUUUGCUAGAGUGUUGCUGUUUACUCUGCAGGAAUUAAUAGGCUUAAAAGAAAUUAAUCUGGCUACAGUCUAGUUCUCUAAACUUAUUUUAACCUUUGAAAGACUUAAGGCUUUGAGCCUGGCAGUGCGUUAUGCACAUAUAUAACUUUAAGGAAGACUGACUUCAGUGAGAGCGCUUGAAUGAACAAAGUUGGAUAAACUCAGAAACAUGCGCUAUCAUAUUUCUUCCAAUUAAAUGUCAUUGCAGGCUUUAGACCAUCAUUCUGAUGCCUGUUGGCCUCACGUUUUGUGUCCUUUUGGCUAAAUGGCUGCAUUUUAAGCAGAUCGGUUGAAUCAGACAUUGAACAAAGUAAGUGGGCAUCAUCAGCAUGGGUCUUACCCAAAGACUAUGAGUAGAAAAAAAAUUGAAAGAGUGAUAAAAUAAAUGACUUUAAUGUGAUUAGCCAUGUUAGUGGCUUGGCUGGAACCCUAAAAUUGCCACUGGUAAAAUUUGUUCAAGUUCAGUAUCUUAAGAGUGCAUCUGGCACAGUUCUUUUUCAUAAUGUGAAUUUAGGAAGCUUUGUACCGGGAUCAUUUCUUCUGUUAUAUUUCUCUCAUUUUCAGCUUGAAGCUUUACUUUGCACUGAUGACUCUGACCUGAAAGCAUUUAAAUUUGUGUCUUAAAACUUGACAAAUUUUGAAGCAAACGAAUACCAUAUUCUAAGCAAAUUCAGGUACUAUCUGUUGACCUGGAAUUUAGCUCUUUUAGGAAUGGCUUCUCGAAAAAGGACUUCAGUAGUUUCCAUUUUGAAGGAUUUUCUUUCAAAUAACUAUUUUAUCUGAAAAUGCCUUUUAUAAACUUGUCUAACGUGGCAAACUUAGUGACGUGUUCGAUUAAUUUAUAUUUUAUUCAACAUUCUUUUUAAAUUUUGGUUAUUAUGUAAGCUCAAGUUCUUUAUCUGUUCUUGUAAGGUAUUUUAUAAAAUUAAUGUUAACAGAA